AUGAAACAGAUAGACGAUUGCUUCGCCCGGUUCUUCAGCCACUACAGUAAGCUCCUACCUGGACUCUUCAGUGAAAACGAUACAAUAAUUGCCACAGGCGCCAGGCACAUGGAGCACGCCACCAAGCUGUACCGGAUAGCUGCUCAAGAGAUCAGAGUUGGAACGUUCCAGCCCCUUUUGCACAUCACGAACCCCAUCCCAAUAAUAAAAAGCUCCCUGAUUCUGUGCAUCUGGCCUCUACCGGUAGACACAAUGUGGAAAGUCCCUUCACAUGUCCAUGCAGCCACAGCCCAUUCUCUCGCUGUUCAGAAUGGGCUUUUCGACAACGGCCACGAACAAGAUUUUGCACGGACGCACACUUCUUUGACCAAAGAGAUGAGAGAUACUAGGUCUCAUCUCUGGCUCAAUUGA